AUGCAUCGUCACACGAUAUCACAGGUUUAUAUACCAACACUUUGGCUACUUCUACCCUUCCUAAACCCCGUCGUCAAAGCGGGCGAUGCAGGCAUCAUAAACGACGAGAAAGAAGCGAAACAACGCUAUAAAAGGGCUCUGAUAUUCAUCCUAGGAUACACUAUCAUGACACUCAUCUUCGUCAUUUUCGUCUACCUAAGAAAACAAAGAUGCAGACGCAUAAACGAAGAAGCAGAAGCUGCAGCAGCACAGCACGACGAACAUAUCACAACAGCAAACAGGAAACUUGACACACGAGUAAUAGACUCGUUUCCAGAGAUAAUAUUCCCGCAGACAGAUGGGAAGUUUCACUUCACAGAUUGUCACAUAUGCUUGGAAGAGUUCAAAGAAGGCGAGGCUUUAGUAAUGCUACCUACCUGCGGCCACGCUUAUCACAAGCACUGCAUUUACCGCUGGAUGGCCACCACAAACUCGUGUUGCCCUGAUUGUCGCCAUGAUUAUGGGCUUGUCUGUGAUCAUGUAUAG